GCGGUCUUCGAGACGUCCCUGGGCACGUUCCGCGCGGAGAUCUUCGCGGACCGCAUGCCGCUGACGGCGUCGAACUUUUUGGACCUGGCCCAGCGCGGCUUCUACGACGGCCUUCACGUGCACCGCGUCGUGCCCAAGAUGGCGCUCGUCUUCGGCUGCCCCUACUCCAGGGACGCGUUCAGCCCCCGGGCCGGCCAGGGCUUCCCGCCGCCGGGGAGCCGCUUCGCGACGUGGACCGACGGCCGGCCCGUGGCCCGCGACGGCCGGGGCGCCAUCGUCGACGAGUUCCCCAUGUGCCCGCGGCUCUCGAACCACGCGGGCACGCUGGCCAUGUGCAACCUCGGCGAGCGCGACAGCUGCGGGUCCCAGUUCUUCGUCAACGUCGCGCACAACCUCUUCCUCGACUUCUUCGACGACAGCAGCCCCGCCGCGCACCCCGUCUUCGGGCGGCUCCUCGACGACGGCCUCGACCUCGCGAAGAAGAUCGCC